CAGUUCACCCAGAAGGACUACUCUUCGCAUUUGUACGAAGCCGAGUUGGCCGUGCACCAACAGUCGUUCGAAGAAUAUGAAGAUGACAUCUUCAAGCUGAUGGUCCAAUUGACCAACUCAAAUAGACCCGAUCUAGACUUGUACAAGCAGCAGCCAUAUCUCACUUUCGCCAUACGGUCUAAGUUGAUUGACUUCUUGCUCAAGAUGUCGGUAAGAUUGAAGAUUCUUCCCUUUGUCUUUUUCCGUGCCGUAAGAAUCUUCGAUAGAUACUGCUCCAAGCGGAUUGUUCUUCUUGACCAGGCGCAGUUGAUCAUCACCACCUGUCUUUGGAUCGCUUCCAAGGUUCAGGGAGGCAACAAUCACUUUGUCAACUUGAAUAACUUGGAAAAGAUCACUUGCAUUAAGACCAUCAACGACUUGGGGUAUGGUUCGGGAGGAAAGUACUUGGGUCCCACUGAGAGAUUUAGAUUGCCAAAGUUACACGAAUUAGUCAAGUUGUGUGGUGCCAAGUGCAAAUACGACCAGGGCAUGUUCAAGCAGAUGGAAAUCCACAUCUUGUCAUCGUUGGACUGGUCGUUGAACGACCCUGGUAUCGAAGAGUUCAUCACCACCAGUAGGGAGUUCUGCAUCAUGUCUGCCUACAGUGCUGAUAACGAGAUGUUCAAAGUCAAAGAAUUUCUCUGCUACUUGUCCUUGUACGCUCCCGAGUUGAUAGAUAUCAACAUCAUCGAGUUAUCGCAGGUGAUGUUGGCUUUGAUCAACGAGGCUCUCGGCUUCUACCCUGGAGAUAGACUCUUCCAGAAGGUAAUAGGCGAAGAAGCUAUCCACACUGAAAUCGAGCCUCAUCGCUACAGGGCCAUCAAAACCAACUUGAUUAAGGCCGUAAUGGGAGCGACAGACUACUCGCUUAGGUUGUUCAAUUCUAGAGGUCCACAGUUCUUCUACAACCAGAUUAAUGCUCUCUAC